AUGCUUGGCCUUUACAUCAUCCUCAUAUUCCACUUUAGUGUGGUAUACAGCCAAUUCCCCAGAGUCUGCACCACGCAUACAAAUUUAACAAAAAUAUGCUGCCCUAAAUGGAAGGAUGGAAGUCCAUGUGGUUCCCGCUCAGGCCGGGGUGAAUGUAAUGAUACAAUGAGUCUACUAUAUGAAAGUUUAAACCAAACAGGCCAAGUCCUCCAGCGAAAUGAUGAUCGUCUAUUGUGGCCAAUACACUAUUAUGACAGAGCCUGUCAUUGCAAUGGAAACUAUGGUGGUUUUGACUGUGGUGACUGCAAAUUUGGGUACUUUGGGUCGACAUGUGAUAGGAAAAGGCUUUUAAUUCGGAAAGAAAUCAGGGAAUUUUCCCAUUUGAAAAGAAAGAGAUUCUUCAGUUAUCUGUCUCUGGCUAAGAUGACAACUAGCAAAGAUUUUGUAGUUCUCAGCACUGGAGACCGGCAUCACAGGGACACAUAUAACUUUGUAGAUGCAUCAGUUUACAAUGUUUUUGCAUGGAUUCAUUAUUACUCUAUGAAGCCUUUGUUGUUAAAUAACUCGUUUCAUCAUGAAAUAGGUUAUGCCCACGAAGGUCCGGCAUUUCCUGGCUGGCAUCGUUUAGGACUUCUGUUCUUGGAGAGACAAAUUCAGCUCAUGACUGGAGAUGAACAUUUUUUUCUUCCAUAUUAUGACUGGCGUGGUGAAAAAAAAUGCUCAAUCUGUACUGAUGAAUUUUUAGGUGAUAAUGAUGUCCAGGGGAGAAUUAGUCGAUACUCUUAUUUCUCUCAUUGGAAGUCUAUUUGCAGUGGCUACAACUAUGAAGAUGCUUAUUGUCCCUAUGCUAUGAAUGAGCAUCAGAUGGAAAAGUUGCUCCGGAAACCUGGUACCAACCCUCUUGCUGAUUGGCUGCCCUCAUUCCAAGAUGUAAAUGACACCCUCAGAUUCAAAGAUUAUGAUACACCCCCAUACAACUCAGCUUCAAAAAACAGCUUCCGCAAUGCGCUGGAAGGCUUUCUGAAGGCCUCUGACGGGGUAACUUUUGCAAGGGGAAUGCAUAACCUUGUUCAUGUGUAUAUGGGAGGAACAAUGUCUCAGGUGCCAAUUUCCGGCAAUGAUCCCAUCUUUAUUCUUCACCACUGCUUUAUUGACAAGAUAUAUGAAAAAUGGAUAAUUGAAAAUAACGCAACAUCCGAUACAUAUCCUAAUAAUCAUCGGACUGGACAGAGACCCUAUGAAUGUAUUACUCCCUACUUCCCUUGCUGGAGAAACAGAGAGCUCCUCAGGACAUCCAGAGACUUUGGAUAUAAAUAUUCAGAAUAUCAAAAUUUCUGAGAAGGAGAAUUCGACCAAGAGAUACAAAGAGAAGAUAAAUA